AUGCUGAAUCCAGAUAACAAGGAAAAUGAGGUUCCUUUUUUCGCUAAAAAGGAACCUGAAUCCCCCCCUGCUCUCUAUAGGGUACAGCGUCCUUUAAUGCGCCGCCCUUUACAGGAAUUGAGCAUUGAGAUGGUCCCUCCUCCUUCGUCCACUUCCGGCAAAGAAACCAACGAACCUCUAAAGAAGAUGAAAAAGACCUUAGCUCCCUCGCAUGGUUAUCAUCCUUACAAGAUCUCUACCAAGGUGUUACCACACUCACCUAAUACUCACAAGCAGCCUCUUAAACAAAAAAGUUCGAAUCGAUUGAUGUCUAUGCGCUGA